GCAGAACUGACGCAGAAGCUUGAGCACUGUGAGAAUGAGAGAAGUAACUUGAAUCAAACAAUACAGGAGCUCAAGACUAUGAUUGUCCAUUUGGAAAACGACAAGGAGGCUUUGUCAUCACAGCUGGAAGAAAAAAACAGACAAAUAUACAAGUGAGCAAAUGGAAAGAUAGACCAAAGAAGCCAUUAAAAACAUGGGUCAUCAAAACCAUCGCCAGAAAGUCUAAUAUGUGGAGACUUUGAAAAAGAUUGCUCCGGUGGUUGCUACUACACAAUGCGACUCUUCCAAAAUGACAGACACCUGGCGAACCAAGAAUUCCUUUUAAAGGAAAAAAAAUGCUGUCUGAAUCUGAGUGCAUGUGCCCAGUAUGCAUUAGCUUACUCAUCCAGCCUGUAACAUUUCCCUGCAAUCACUCACUGAGUUUAAAAUGUUACAAGGAAACAGUGGAAAAAGCCAACCUCUCAUGUCCAGUCUGCAGGAAGCGCAUUUCAGUCUGGGCCAGAAAAGCUGCCAAGGAAAAUAAAUUGAUAAACAUGGAAAUGUGGAAAGACAUCCAAGAGGCCUUCCCUGAAAAAGUGAGGCGCAGGCUGGAAGCCAGUGAAGAAAGCAACAGUGAAGAUGAAGAAGAUGAUUUUGAAGCCCAGGAAAGAAGACAAAUUUCCUGUCCUGGAGAAAUCAGACAAGAAUAUGAAGCUGCUAUUCAGCAGAUUCAGCAAAAAAAGGACGAACAGGCAAAGAAAGAGGAGGAGGCCAGUAAAGUAAAUUUUGAAGCUCUGCAACAGGAAGAAUUUUUGUCAGAAAAUGUGGAAAUAGAAGAGAAAGCACUGAUGCUUGAAUAGAAAAAGUCUAAACAAAAUUGCCUCGUUCUGAAUCCAGUUGUCAGAUUAAAGAAGUGUUUAAAAGCAGAGGAAUUAGUGUUGAAUUGGAGAGCUAACAACUGUCCUUCUGGCACUGAAACUUUCCAUGACUCUUCCCAACUCACAGAAAACAGAUCAGCUAUACCUGCUGGCAAUAGUUCAGAAAAGAAUGAUGACCUUAGGUUUGCAACUAAGUUGCAAGAAUUUUUUGACUUAAUGGAUAAAAAAAGAAUAGUGGUGGAUAGAUCAAAAGGAUCCAGAAAUGAAUAUACAUUGCGUAGAAAGCAUAAAUGUGAUGAGUGACUGUUACAUUGUGUUGUUGAUUGUUAUAUGUUGGGUUGAGUUUUUUUUUUUUUAUGUUUUAGUAAUGUUUUUGUUGUUGGCUGCUUUCUUUUUGAUACUGUCACAUGACCCAUAACAGUCUGACCUUUUGCACUUACCUAUACUAUUGAAUGACAUCGUCAUACAAAAUAACAAUUUAAAAGAAAGAAUAAUUAUAAGUUACGUUAUUUAUCAGCCUCUAGGCAUCAAUUUAUUGUUUAUGUCCAGAAUGUACAGAAUGCUGUGUAAACAUAUGAUGUUAUUCUAAACACAGACUUAUUGUUCUUGAGUUGUUGAUUCCAAGUGCUUCCUAUUCUAUCUAGAUCACAUGUUUUUGAAUUAUAUUGGUCUAUAUAUAUAUAUAAAUAUACAUUACAAUUUAUUGAUGAUUCUAUAUAUCCAUCAUUUGAAACCUUUCAUUUACUUUUUUUUACUGCUAAUUAUCAAACAAAAUUUCUAGAUACAUGUAUGAUCUUUGCAUAGUCUAUGCCAAACAUUUACCCUGUAUUGUCAUGUUAUAUUUGAUAUUUUCAUGUAUUAACUUACUGCCAAAGCCUUAAAGAGAAAUACAUUCAUUAAUCUCUGAAGGUAAAUUUAGCAUUAUUCGCUAAAACUUUGCAAAAAAAAACACUAUUUGAAAAUGUCUAAUUUUUUUUUUUUAACUUUUAGCAAGCAUUGUUUAUUAUAAUACUAUCAGACUUAAUCAAAAUACAUUUUCAUAAACUAAAUUGAACUAAAACUUUGACAGCACAUUGAUUAAAAUGUAACAGACUUUGUUUU